AUGUACUUAGCUCAACUCCGCAUCCGUUGGUAUAAACAGUCGCGGGCCGGGCGACGGGCGGGCUUGGACGAAAUUUAUCUCUCGCUGUCUGCCUACACCAGACAGACACCUUUUCGACUCGUCUGCGCCAGCCCCGCAAUAACUCAUCGAACCGCUGCCUCGUCAAGCAUGGAACACGCCAACAGCUCUUCAGACGUAGAAGAGUCGAGCAAUGGAGGGAUGCUCGGCGAUUCGAUGUUUCAUGCUUCGCAAACGAGGAAUAUGAGCGCUGAUGAGUCGGCAUCGCUGGCCCGGAAGCUGUACAACGAGGGGAGACCGGUGUUUACUCGCGAGAUGUUCGAGGAUGCGCAACGGCAGAUCGAUGAGCUCAAGUCGGGCCCCGCCCCACACUUCACGAUGCUUUCUGUCAUUGGCAUGGACGGCAAGCGAUACCCAAACCCAUGGGGGACCUGUGUCAUCGACGACGAAGGCGACGUUUAG